ACACAAAUUUCCCCCCAAUGUUUCUGUUUCUAUUACAGUUUACAAAACAUAAUCUUGUUUUUUUUUCUCUUUUUCAGAGGGACGUCGGCGAAUCCAUGCGAAAGGGGCUGCUCGGCGCGAGCCGGCUGGAGCUGCCGCAAUGGGCGUCGCCAGUCCACGGCGUUGCGGGCGACAAAAUGAAGCUGUCGGCAGUACGCUGCGGCAUGUGCGCCCAGGUGACCGCCCUGCUGCUCACCGCCUACCUGCUCACCAUGGACAUGGUGCUCAUGCUUCGCCUGCAGACUCUGAGUGGAGAUGACCAGGAGACCGAGGCGAGGAACUCCUCGUCCGUGGUGGUGGGCAGCGUGGCGCCCGCGCCCAGCAUCCACUGGAGGGACCUGUUAGUGCCGGACACGGCCAUCAAGGGCCUCUUCAUGGACCCCAUGAACCAGCACAUCUUCAUGCCUCUGGCCAGGCUCACUGAACUUGGCCUGGACCUGCACAACAGCGCGCCCUGGCUCAGCCCGGACCGCAUCUCAGUGUCCCACGUCCUGGUGUCGGUCGUGGCCAUGCGCUUCUUGGCGUGCAGGGGGUCGCUGGGCGCGCGCCAGGUCGGCGUGCUGCUGUUUGCUGUGCGCUUCUACCUCGACGCGCUGGACGGCGAGGUCGCGCGCGCUGCAUUACCAUUUAACACACCUUAA